AUGGACCAGGUCAGCAUGUCUGCCUCCGUACUACCAACCCCCAAUAGUGGCACUCGGAUCUGGAGAGCAUGCGAAAAUUGCCGAAAGAAAAAGACAAAGUGUAACGGUGUCACGCCCUGCAGUUUCUGCAGGGACCGUGGGCUGGAGUGCACUUACCCAAGCGCCAAUGACAACGCGUCCCGGAGUCGACAGGAUGCAAUCAACCUGGGCAUUCAGUACGACCGGCUCGACACUAUAUGCGAGCGCAUGGAGCAGAUGAUGGCGCGGCUUACAACGGCCGUCGCUGUAGUCGAAGAGACGCCCAGUGUUGCCAUACAGAGGCCCACAUCGAGCAGAUCCCAGGUCCCAGGCCUCCCUGAUGAGCAUUGGAGCCCUGCGGAGAGUGAGCAACGGCCAGUUGUUCCAGCUAGCUUGGAGGACGAGUUACAAAACAAGAAUCUCGCAAAGGUUUCCAACCUUCUGCAAGAUGCAAGAAAGAUUCAUAGGUCCAUGUUCCCCUUCCAGGUCACUAUCACAACAUCAACUAAGAUCUAA